GACUGGAAGAGAAAAUGAACCACGUGAGAAUCGAGCCUCUCUUCUGAGAUCAGUUAAAAACAACAGAGAUUAGAAGUUUUGCAGCUGCACCUAACAGGCAAAAGCUUCUCCUCCUUUACUAGUUGUUCAAAGCAAAGCUCACUUUACCACGAUGGCUGACCCUGCUCUCUCUUUUGUUAUUGAGAGAACUGGCGAUCUGCUGAUUCAAAAAAUUGUUUUCCUGAAAGGCGUUCGACGACAAGUUGAGAGACUUCGAAAUGAUCUGGCCCGGAUGCGGUGUUUCCUGAAAGAUGCAGAUCAAAGGCAAGAUGAAGAGGAGAGGAUUCGCCACUGGGUUUCUGAAAUCCGAGAUGCUGCCUACGAUGCGGAGGAUAUCAUUGAGAUAUUUGCCAGCAAAGUUGAGCUCUUCACAAAGGACGAGGGAUUGGUCACCAAAUUGACAUAUUAUCCCUUGAAAAUUGUGAACUUCUACAAGAUAGGUAAAGAGAUUGAGUCCUUACAGAUGAGGAUCAAUGACAUAGCCGACAGCCGUGAAAAAUACGGUAUCAAAAAUCUUGGAGAGGGAACGAGUACACAUGGAGAAGAGCUUCAACGGCUCCGACGGUCCUCUCCAGUUACUGAGGACAAGGAUAUAGUGGGCUUCGUGGAGAUUACAAAAUCGCUGGUGGCAGAACUUUUGAAAGAGGACGAAAACCGCCGUGUGGUUUCAAUCGUUGGCAUGGGAGGUGCUGGUAAGACAACUCUAGCCAAAAAAGUUUAUAACCAUGCUGAUGUCAGGGCAAGAUUCAACUGCCGUGCUUGGGUAUGUGUCUCUUCAAGCUAUGAUCACAAAAAGAUACUAAGAUCAAUCAUAAAGCAAUUAAAUCCAAACGAUGACAAGCUAUCUGAAAUGUUGGAAAAGAUGGAAGUGGAAGAGGAAGUGUUGGAAGAAAGGCUCUAUAAAGAUCUCCAAGACAAAUGUUGUCUUGUAGUACUUGAUGAUGUAUGGAAGGAAGCAGCGUGGGAUUGUCUAUCCAGGAGGGCAUUUCCUGAUGUUGGCACAUCAAGUAGAUUGCUGCUUACAAGUCGCAAUCGGGAAGUUGCCGUACACGCAGAUGCUCUUAGCAACCCGUGUGAGUUGAAAACUUUGGGACAGGAAGACAGCUGGCAGUUGUUUCUCAAAAAGGCCUUAGGUCAUGGGGCUAAUGCUGGGUGUCCUCCGGAUUUGGAAGGAGUAGGCAGAGAGAUUGCAAGGAGAUGUGCCGGUCUGCCACUAGCCAUCACGGUUAUAGGUGGUCUGCUACUGGGCAAGAAAAAGUUGAAGAGUGAAUGGGAGAAAGUUCUCGACAACUUUAGAGCAUACCUAUCAAGCAGCCAGAGUGAAGCAGGGGCAAUUCUGGAAUUAAGUUAUGCAGACCUUCCUCCCAAUCUGAAACUUUGCUUUUUGUAUUUGGGUUUGUUUCCUGAGGACUCCUUCAUUUCUGUGCGCAAGUUGAUCCAUAUGUGGGUUGCAGAGGGAAUAAUGCAGAAAAGAGAAGCAAAAAUUUUGGAGGAAACUGCAGCAUAUGAUGAUGUGAAGCGACUUUGUAGCAGAAAUAUGGUCCAAGUGGCGGAAAUGACUGUUGAUGAGAGGAUUAAAAGCUGUAGAGUCCAUGAUGCACUGCGAGAGCUUGCAAUCAGAAAGGCAGAGGAUGAAAUUUUUUUUCAGAUCCAUGACACCAGAGAUGAUGAAAUAUCAGCCAAAUCCAGGUACCUUGCUGCUCAUAUUCUCCCUCUGGAUAAAAAUUAUUUUGGGUCUUCGGCCCCUCCUCUCCGGUCUCUGCUUUUUUUCAAUAUCCACGGUUACAGGGAAAACAUUAGUCUUAGCUUCAAAAGUUUCAAAAAGCUUAGGAUAUUAGACCUUGAGAAUGCUGAGAUGGGUUAUGAUUUGCCAAAAGAAAUUGGUAAAGUCAGGCUUCUAAGGUACCUCGGUUUAAGACGCACAUCUAUUGGAAGGCUCCCUCAUUCCUUCGAUUGCUUGCGAAACCUACAAACUCUUGACAUACGGAACAUUAACCGAGUGAUAGUUUCAAAUUUCAUUUGGAAGCUUGAAAGUUUACGGCAUUUAUAUGCGUAUAAAAUGGAAUGUGAUGUGCCUCUUAAAAUUGAAGGAUUGAGGAAUCUCCAGACUCUGUCACGCAUACACUUUGAUGACAUUAUGCACAAUAACAUGAUAACUUUGACAAGUCUUCAGAAACUGGGGAUUUGGGUGGAUGACAGAUCAGACAUAAACAAACUCUGCAUGCAUUUAUCUGAGGUUGGAAGCCUAAAGGCGCUACGUCUUUAUUUUGAUGGAGGAAGCGAGUGGCCAUCUCUAGGUGGACUUUCUAAGCUCCAGCAUGUAACAGCGCUUAAGCUGUUCGGGCUGGGUUUGAGAUCGCUACCUCCUGAUUUCCCUUCAAAUCUCUCUUGCUUGUCUUUGAGUUUCACACGUCUCCAGGAUGACCCAAUGCCAGCACUAGAGAAGUUGGGACAGCUGUCGUUCCUCAAAAUGGAAUUUUCAUAUUGGGGACCACAGCUAGUCAUUUCUACGCAUGGGUUUCACCAAUUGAAAUUCCUUGAGCUCAACUUCCAACAUGGUUUGAAGGAAAUAGAGGUGGAGAAAGGUGCACUGCCACAGCUCCAGUGCCUGAGAAUCAGGAAGUGCCUCUCAUUAGAGAAGUUGCCGGAAGGGCUGAAGUACAUGUCUACUCUUGAUAAGCUUGAGCUUGUAGACAUGCCAGAAGAUUUGAUCAGUAGGCUUGAUGUGAGAGAAGUUGCCGGAAGAGCUGAAGUACAUAUCUACUCUUGAUAAGCUUGGGCUUGUAGACAUGCCAGAAGAUUUGAUCAGUAGGCUUGAUGCGGACAUGAUAUCCAGUGUUCCUAACCUCAGAAUAUUUUGACUCUGGGAUUUCGCAGAAGGAAGGAGGUUCAUAUUUGUAAUUCUCGCGCAGAAUGGAAGUUAUGUAGUGUAUUUCAAGAUUUAUCAAAAUACUAGAGAAUUGUUUCCCACACAAUGCGUGGCAGUAUUAGACCUGUUGAAAAGGCCAUUGAUUGUGUAGAGAAUAUUUUCUCCUGAAUGAUAAUAUUUUCUACUGAAUUAUAA